AUGAAUCAGAACAACGACGAGCAACCCAACGCAGGGAUGCAACUCCUCGCGUCCGACGACCUCCGACAAGUCCUGGACAGCAAUGGGGCGACAGCUGCAGCGACGCUGAAAGAUGCCACGCACAUUAUCACGAACUCGCAUCGGUUUGAGGGUUCGGGGGAGGUAGAUGCUGGGGUACAUGUUGUUACGGACCAAUGGGUAGAUCGGUCGCUUGUGUUGGGAAAAAUGCAACAACCUCAAUUUUACUCACCCGACCCAGCUAUGAUUUUUUCUGGGGUAGUAGCCUGCGCAGCCGAACUACCAACAUCGGACCUCGAAGUCCUCUCCGCCGGUAUAACAGCACUCGGUGGACAGUGGCGUACCGGAUUGACAAAAGACGUUACGCACCUCUUCGCUAUAACGCCCAAUUCCCAGAAAUACGCCACAGCGUUGCAUUUCCAGGAACUCACCCAUGUAAAAGUGGUACUUCCCCAUUGGUUCGACGAUGCUGUACGCUUGGGGAUGGGAGGGCUAAGUAUCGCGCCGUAUGAAUGGCCUGACCCCCCACUAUUGAAGGGGAAGCAUGGGGUGAAUUAUGGUGCCAAGAAGGACGGAGCACAUGAUGGGACGGAGCAAAAUGAAGUCAAGAAAUCGUUGUAUGCCACAGCUGUGAUGUACACCACUGCCGACGGCUCUUCUCCACCCAUUCAUCCCCUUUCGCCUGGUGGCAUGGAUACGGACACCAACACGCACAUCAGUAAUGUAUGGGGCGGCCGCCGUAUCUUGCUCAGCCGUACUCUUCGACUGUUUGCAGGUCGGAGAGACGCCGUCGAGGUGGGUAUCCGUCGGUGUGGAGGCGAGAUUGUACGAUACGCUGGAGACGACGAGGAAGAUGAGGAAGACCCUGACGAGGAGGUUCAGGAACAAAAGGAGUGGGAGAUGGACAGGAAAGAGGCGGAUGCACUGAAGGAAUGUGAUAUACUUGUUACGAGGUGGCGGAGUGGGAGGCCUUACGUUCGCGCUUUCCGGAAUGGUAAAACGAUCGGAACCCUAGCAUGGGUGUUCCACGUCCAGUCUACGGGUAUCCUUUCCCGACCGCUGGACCAACUCUUGCACUAUCCCGUGCCGAAAAAGCCAAUCGAGAAUUUUUCCCUACACGAAAUCACGGUAACGAAUUAUACAGGCGAAGCCCGGGAAUACCUCAAGAAACUCAUUACCGCCAUGGGUGCCACAUUCACCCCAAGUAUGACGGGAAAAAAUACAGUUCUCAUAGCCGCUUUCCUUACAGGAACAAAAGCAACCAAAGCCCUCUCCUGGUCCAUCCCUGUAGUGAACCAUACCUGGCUCGAAGAUUGCUUUGUCCAAUGGCGCAACCUCACAGUUGGGGUGGAGAAAUACAUCGUCUUCCCCCCUGGUGUCGAUUUCAGCACGCUCCUUGGUGAGAGGGGUGUGGGUGUGGGACGGGGGAUCGAGGAAGAGGUGAAGGAGAUGGGGGAUGAUGAUGAUGAGUGGGGAGAGCCAGUGCAAGAGGCGGAAGGACCGAGGGGUACGGAUGCCAGUAUGAGGGAGGUCCAGGGCCUGGUUGAUGGGGACGUGCAUAUGGUGGAUAGGGAGAGGCAGGAGCACUAUGGGAUGGACGUGGACGGUCCUGCUCCCGGCCAUGAUUUUAGAUUCGACGAAGAUGAAGAUGAAGAGGAGGAGAUGCACCGGCCUGUGGUCAAGUCCAAGCUCAACGGCGCUUUAUCGUCAGGGAAGAAAGUACCCGCUACUUCAUCACCAUCAAAGCGUUCUUCUCCACCUGCCAAACCCACUACAAGGAAGAGUCCGGUGAAACUUGUCCCUGUUGCCAUUCCUUUGAAAACGCCGACGAAGAAUAAGGCCAAGGCGAAAGAGCUCGAGCUCGAGCUUUCUCCUUUGUCGCCUCUCAAGUCUCCUGUUAAGUCUGCGCCUGCUUCGCCUGUCAAAGCCCUACAAGUCAGGUCCAAGCCGGGUCCUUCGUCUAAGAAGGCUUGGAGGUCACACGAGGAGGAGGAAGAAGAAGAAGAGGUGAUACCUGCCAAGUCGAAGUCAGGCCCCACAACUAAGAAGAGGACGUCCACGCGAAUACACGACAAAGAGCAGCAGGAGGAGGAGGAAGACGAGGUGGAAGUUACCCCUGCCGUUAAGGCUAAGCCAAAGGCGGGUGCAUCGUCCAAGUCGAAACCUGGGUCGUCGAAGAGGGCGCCUGCUAGAGCAAACGAUGAAGACGAUGUGGAGGUGGAGGUGGAGGUUACGACUCCGGCUGUCAAAUCGAAGUCAAAUUUGAAUUCCUCGUCCAAGAAGAAAUCUACACGGACGCGGGAUGUAGAGGAUGAAGAGGAAGAGGAGGAUCAGCGAGUUUCUGCUGCUCAGCCGAAGUCGGGUUCUUCGUCUAAGAGGAAACCCGUUCGAGCACAAGAUGAAGAAGACGAGGAGGACGAGGUGCAGAUUACGCCUGCCCGCAAGAAGGCCUCUCGUGCCGUGGUCAGCGAUGUUAGUGACCAAGAGGCAUCGGAGGAGGAGGAGAUUGUGAAACCAGCGAAGAAGCCAGCAAAGUCUGUGGCCACCACCUCGUCGUCCACGAAGGAGUCUGUGGCUGCCAGUUCGUCUGCGAAGAAGCCUGUGACUGCAACUUCAUCUUCAACAAAACCCAAAGCCAAUGGAAAAGCGGCGGCGGCGAAGAAAGCUCCUCCGAGUGAAAAUACCGAUGAGGAGCAGAAAAUGGACGUGGAUGAGGAGGAGGACGACUUGGAUGUAGUUGUCGUUGAGGAGGUCAAGCCAAGGAAGAAGCUUGUUAAGCGGGUCACGCGCGAUGCCGAGGAGGGGGAUGUCAAUGGUAGUGCAAAUAACACUUCAAGCAUUCUGAAGACAACAAAGGGGGACGCACGUACGCGGGUGAAGAAGAAGAAAGUCGAUGAGGGGAAGCCAAAGCCUAAGGCUGCUGAGAGUGAUGAAGAACAACAAGCAGAGGAGGAAGAGGAGGAAGAAGUGGCACCGAAGAAGAAAGAAAAACUGAAAUCGAAAGCCCCACCACCCAAGAAACCCACCUCAACAAAGAAAACCAAAGUCACUCCCGUCGAAUCCAACUCCGAUUCUGACGAAGCACCAGUAGGUAAACUGAAGAAACUUGAAGUUCACGCGGACAAAGACUCGGACGCUGAUCUCCCAGCUCCACCUCCCAAGCGGAAGGUUGCUGUCAAAGAUGGCUUAGCAUCAGGGUCAACGACCAAAGGUGCGCAUUCACAUCCUCGUGAACGUACGCGUACACGUACGCUCUCGCCUUCCCCACCCCCAUCCGAUUUCAAUUCCGAUGGCACGGGAUGUGUGCUGAUGCCUGGUUUGCUUCCUGUAGCGAGGACCACUGCAGUCCCUGAGAAGAAUAACGUGAAGACGAAGGAGAAGAACGUGAAGAUGAACGGGAAGGCGAAGGCGAAGGAGCCAGUCAGCUCUGCUGAGGAGGAGGAGGAGGAGGAGGAGGAGGAGGAGGAAAGAAUAACGACGAAGAAGGCUGCCUUGAAGAGGACGGAGAGCAUCAAAGCUGCUGCCAGGGAACGCGGUCACGAUUCACCCUCACGCGCAUCUACCUCUAAAGCGAAAGCAACUCCGAAUGCUGAAGGCUCGACGUCAAAACAACAAUCCCCAGUCAAGAAGAAGGGUACACCUGCCACCAGCACCUCUGCAAAAAACAAGCCCCAGCCUAAGGCGAAGAAUGGGCCUGUUCCAACGGACGAGUCUACUCCAACAACCUCCAUCUCAACUGCACCGCCCAGGCGCAACGCCGCUACUAAGGCAACUCAAAAGCUCCACGAUGUCAUUAUGCCUGACAUGAAUAGCUUCGAGCAGCAGAUGAAGAAGUCACGGAAGAGUGGGGGCGGCGUCACCGGGGUGGAAUGGGGUGAUAGGGAAAUGAGGGAGACGAGCGUCGGGAAGAGGAGGAAAAGGGCGUCUGAAGGGAGGAGCGAUCGGAUGGAUGUUGAUGGGGAACAGGAGGAAGAGGAGGAAGACGCAGGCCGAGAGAAGAAGCGCGUCAAACUUUCUGCGGGCCCAGUUGGGAAAGGGAAGGGAAGGGCAGUCAGUUCUGACGAGGAAGAAGAGGAACAGGUGUCGCGCAAGUCUCCUGUCAAGGGCAAAGGGAAGAGUAAACGCAAACAGGCGGAAGAUGAAGAGGAUGAGGAUGCUACACCGCCUGUUACUGUCUCGAAAGGAGCCAAGGGUAAGAAGGCUGAAGAGGUUGACAAUGACCCAUCUUCCAAAUCAUCGUCUAAAAAAUCCGUGCGAGUCAUGACGACUCAGGUCACUCUCGGUGAAGACGUUAUCAAAGCUCUGACUAAACUCGGUGUCAAAAUGACCACUCGGCCAUCUGAGUGCACACAUCUACUUGCUGCGCAGCUAGUUCGUACGGAGAAGUUCCUCUGCGCGCUCUCCGGCUCUCCUUUCAUACUCACAGACAAGUGGGCUACAGCAUCAGCCGCAGCGAAAAAACUUUUUCCGGAGAAGGACUUCAUACUUCGAGACAAAGCUGGGGAGAAGAAGUAUAACGUUGAUUUGGCCAAGUCCCUCAAGCGGGCGAAAGAGUCUGGAGGAAAGCUUCUCGAGGGGAAGACGUUCUACAUUACGCCCAGAGUUAAAAUCGACGUCAAACUCCUCCGGAAUGUCAUAAUCGCAAAUGGUGGUCAAGUCGGCAACAGUGCGCCCACUGCGCGUAUCUUGGGUGCCAACCCUGAUCGGUAUAUAAUUUCGUGUGUGGAAGAUAUAUCGAUCUGGCGACCCAUUUCGUCGCAAAACUUCCCGAUAUAUACCCAGGAGCUGGUGUUGAAUGGGGCGUUAAGACAGGAGGUCGAGUUUGAUAAUGAUGAGUAUAGAGUGGAGGGUUCUUGA